CUCUUUGUAUGUUUGUCUGUAUAAACUCUCAAUUCAUAUGGUAGCUCAUAUGGAGUUUCAUUUGCUUCCCAUUUUUGUUAUAUUUUGUUUUGUUCUGACAGGAAGUGAUGCUUCUCUGCUACCUGCAGAAAUAUACUGGCAAGCCAUGUUGCCAAACACUCCGAUGCCCAAAGCUCUACACCAGCUUGUACAGCCUGUAAAUGCAGGAAAUAAAAGUACCUUUUCUGAACUAGAGGUUGAUGCUCGACUCCUAGAAUCACCCUUGGAGGCUAGGAUAGAUUAUGCUCUCGCGUAUCCAGAUCAAGGAAUUGAAGAAAUUACCAUAGCCAAUUCUACGACUGUAUUCUUCUUAUUUGAUGAUCUCCUUCCUGGUAAGAAGAUGAUGCUUGUUUUCACCAAGUCGGCAAGCGAUUCCAAUUUUUUGCCACGUAAAAUUGCAGAAGCUAUACCCUUUUCAAGCAAUAAAUUUUUAGAAAUUUUGGACUAUUUCUCAAUAAAACCUGCAUCAAAGCAAUCGCAAAUCAUGAAACAAACAAUUGAAGAAUGUGAGGCACCGGGAGUUAAGGGAGAAGACAAAUACUGUGCUACAUCAUUAGAAUCAUUGGUUGAUUUUGUCGUUGGAAGGUUUGGAAAGGAAGUCCAAGCAUUUCCUAAUGAUGUAAAAGAAGAGGAUAAGAAACAAAAGUAUACCAUUUUAAAGAAGAUCAAAAUGAUGGGAGACAACCAAAUAGUAUGUCAUAAGACGAGAUAUCCUUAUGCUGUAUUUUAUUGCCAUAUAAUCAUGGCGACAAAGGUUUACUUGGUUCCAUUAGUGGGUGACAAUGGCUCUAAAGCUAAAGCACUUGUUGUUUGCCACACAAAUACAUCAUCUUGGAAUCCGAGGCACUUCGCUUUCCAGGUCCUGAAAGUUAAGCCCGGAGGACCCCCAAUUUGUCACUUUCUUAAUACUGAUUCAGUUGUUUGGAUACCUAACUAAAUUUAGAAAGACUAACUCCACACUCUUGAGUAAGUAAUUAUGAUUAUGUACUUAUUAGGAAUUUGAGGAAUGAUUGAAUAUUGAAAUUUUUUCUCCAA